AUGCGAUCGCUGGGCUUCAGCGUGGGUCAAGUAGCUCGACUAUCCUGCGUUGCCGACGACCUCCUCAUUGCGCCCACUGAAGCCGACAGAGAGACAGUGGCGCUGGGUAAAGAGAAGCAGAGAAGUGCAGCGUGGGAAGCGCACGAGAAGAUCAUGCGCACCGCUAAGAUGCUCAGGUUGGACAGACCUCCUCCUGCUAGCGAUGUGGCCGGAGUGCGCAAGCAUGAACAAUCCACAGCGCUGCUUCACACGCCACUCAUCAGGCUGUCCAAUGGACAAAUGAGAAGAGCCAGAUUGAUGGAUGCGCUGGUGCGCUGCUCCUCCGUCCCUGGCAGCGCUUCGAACAGCGCACAAGCAGGUCCAGGCGCUCUCUUGGUGCUCUCUCAACCAUACAACGGUCUCGACGCACCUACCCGCUCGCUGCUCAGCGACAUUCUGCAAGAAAGGCAUGCGGCCAGAGAUCCCAGAAUCCUCCUCUUUCUCAGGGCGCAAGAUGAAGUGCCAGACUUCAUCACUCACGUGACCUUUAUCGACCAAGAUGGUCGAGUGCGAGCGGGAGAGAGGGAGGAGAUGCUGGAUGUGAUGCGGAGACAAGCUAACAGCGAUGCGCAUGCUCAAGGAAGCUAUGCGCUGGUCAAACAGCUCGCGACAUCCAAGCGCAACGAGCCAAGUCUGGGCCAGUCAUCCGCACCGCUGGUCAAAUUUACAAAUGUCGGCGUGAAGUAUGCGGGCAAGAUGGCUUUGGAUGUGAGUCGCUGCGAUGGCGUAUCAAGCUACGCUCGAGCAGCGCUCACGACGUUCAGAAUUCCCCACGACGAUUCCUUGCUUUGACGAUCAUGUCAUCUCCAACAGGAGAUCAAUUUUGAGGUGCAUCCAAGUACGAGAAUGGUGCUGGUGGGCGAGUGAGUUUCCCGGAUGAGCACGCUGAUACUGCGAGGUAGGAUGGUUCAGGCAUUCAUGACCACCCGUACCUCUUCCGCACGGCCUCAUCAACAGCAACGGAUCUGGAAAGUCGACGCUUCUGAGUCUGAUCUUGGGCGAUCAUCCUCAAUCCUUUUCCAUUCCAUCCGAUCGUAUUUCGCUCUUUGGAGCUCCACGUUCCGCUCCUUCCAACGCCACCCUCCUGCUCGCUCGUCGCAUCGGCCACGUCUCUCCCGAGCUCUUCAACGCGUUUCCCAGAAAAGAUUCAGAGAGGGGCGGAUUGACGGUGGGGCAGGCUAUAGGUAGCGGCUUCGAGGGCGUGUUUAGCAGAAGAGCACUGAAUGAAGAGCAGAGGGAAAGGGUGUGGAGCAUGCUUGCUUUGUUUGACGAUGUCAUCGGCUCGCAGACCGAUGAAAUGCAAAGCGCACCCCUUACGAAACGUUUUACCAACGAAUGCGCAGCGCCAACGGCAGCAAUGCUGCCGUUCGAUCCUAGAAGCGCAAACGCCCUGGACGCAGCCAAGAAGCUCUCCAAGCAAUCCUUCUCUUCCCUCUCCUUGGGAUCCCAAUCCAUCGUGCUGCUUCUUCGCGCAGCCAUUAGCAAUCCUGCCCUUCUCAUCCUCGACGAACCGUUUCAGCAUCAGAAUAGUCAUCAAGUCGGACGAUGCAGAGAUUUUUUAGACUCUUCAGCUCCCCAUUCCGCACUUUACCAGAUCCAUGCUGGCCAAGCGACGCGAGAUGCGUUUGCCAUUGGCAAGACUGCAGAAGAGCGAGAGAGGGAUGCGCUCCAGAGGAGAAGCGCAGCUAUCAUCGUCGUUUCGCAUUACGAGAGCGAAUGGCCCCAGAGCAUCUCUUCGCUGAUUAGACUCGACGCCGGCAGAGUCGUGGAGAGGCUAGGCAACUGA